AUGCCGAGCCGCCAGGCUCCAACUCGGCAACGCAAUGAAUUCACUGAAGACGACGAUGAUCUACUCGCCCAGUACAUAGCCAAGUACAACCCUGGGCCCGCAGGGCGCACCGGAAACACGUUAUACGAACGUCUCGCCAGCAACGAGGGAAACAAGUGGCCCUUCAGCAAGCGUCACACUUGGCAGUCCUGGCGCAACCGCUACAUGAAGAACCAGGAUUACAUGGACAUGCUCAUCAACAAGCACAUCCACCGACAGCACCCGAAAGCCAAGGCGCGAGUCAGCUCCAACGAAGGCGCGUCCUCCGCGGCUCGGCCCGCACCCCCGUCUCCAUCUCCUGCUCCCCUACCAUUACGGUCUCAGCCAAAGCGGCCGCGCGUCGAAUACACAAUGGACGACGACGACAGGCUUGCGGAGUACCUUGCCGCGCACACAACGUCGCAGAGGGGGAGGCAGGGCGAGAAGCUGUACCGCACGCUCGAGCAGGAGGACUGGGCGGCGCAUCACUCGUGGCAAUCGUGGCUCCAACGCUAUAAGAGCAACAUGGACUACUUCGACCGGCGCAUCGUGCGUAUUCAGCGCGGGGAAGAUGACGAGGAGGAUGCAGAGCUGGAGGCCUUGCGACCGAGGACGGUGGAUGAACGAGGUGCGAGGGCGAUGCUGUCGCAAAUGAGACGUAGGGAGAGGGAAGUGUCGCUCCCGCGGUCGAGGAAGGAGACGGAGAAGCGGAAGCGGGUGAGCGAGGGGGCAGGAGAGGAGCCGGCGAGGAAGCGAGCGCGCGGUCCAGCACACGAGGAGGCGCCGGUCGAGCCUGUGCCUGGUCCGUCGCGCCAGAAGGAACCGGAGAAGGCGAAAGCGAAGGAUGUAGAAGUGCCCGGCGGAUCCGGAGACAGGCAACGAGGCGAGGGAGAGCAGAGUGUGGUAGAGGAAGUGGAUCCUCAGGAGCAGGAUGAGCUGGAAGAUGGUGAGCGACUUGGAGCUGAAUCAGACGACGACGAAGCAGAUGAGGAAGGCGAAGAAAACGAUGGCCAGAUUGGCUCGGAAGACUAUGACGGAGAGAUAUUCGACGAGCCAAGUCCCGUUGACGAGGAUGGGCCGAGGGUAGGCUCGGACAGCGAUUCGGACGAACAUGAUCAGGAGGAGGCUCAGCUUAUGCUGACAGACGACCCACAUGCAGACGCUCAAGACGAUGACGAGGACAUGAAUAUCGAUGCCGAGGAAACAGUGGUGGAAGUGGCGGGCUAUUCUCAAAUGCAGGAUGACGACGAUAAUCCCUUCAACGAUAGCGACGAUGUAGUCACAACCCACGACAUGAACAUGACCCAAGAGGAUGUCCCCGCCGCGGACCUCGAUGUGACCCACGAGCCGAUACUCUCCACGACCCCACCUUCGGGGGCGUCUCCUCCCCCGCGCCCACAAAACAUUCGCAUCGAGCGCGACCUCUCGCUUCGUCCAGACACCCCAGAGCUCUCCCCCGCCGAGCACGCCAACGCGCGGCGCCACCUCGAGCACGCGCAUUCCCCCGCGCCACCCAAGAAGCACGCGACCCGCAUCCGGCGCAAGAGCGAGCACGCCGACGCCGACGACUUCUUCGGGACCCCCCAGACUGACAGCGCCUCCCUGCCGACCUCGGCGCUCCCCACCGCGCAGAACUCGCCUACCGCGCACCAUCUCGCGCACCUCCGCGAGCACCCGCACGCGCCCCAUGCGCAGCACGAAGACGACACCGGGUCCCCACCACAGAAGAGGCGGAGGGCGCCCCCGAGGUUGGACGAGGGCGCGUGGAACAAGGCGUUCUCGGAUGCGAGGGGCCGGCCGCGCGUGAGCCCGAAGGGGCCGCGGCGGUCGGGGGUGGACUUCCAGAAUGAGGACGAGGACGAGGCUAACGGCGCGGGAGACGCGGAGCUGGAUGAGGAAGCGGAAGACGUAACUCCCGUGCAGUGGCCGCCUGUGCGAGGGAAAGCGAAGGGGAAGGAGAGGGACGUGGCCCCGAUGACCCCCGCCCGCGGUGCGCGCGAGACCGCUCCGGGCUCCGAAAGGCUGGUGACGACGGAGCGCAUCGUCAGCGUCAAGACCGUGCGGACCGUCGAGCGACGUUCCAUGGGCGCACGCCCGCCCUCCGCCCGUCGCGCCAUCACCGAAGGGACGGACGGCUCCUCGCUCGCGCCGUCCUCGCCGCGGACACUCGUGCCGGACGACGAUGAAGAUCUGGAGAACGAGCGUGGUGACGCUAAAGCCGAACCGACGCAGCAUCACCCCUUCAGCCAACCCAAUUUGGCUUCUCAGCUCGCGGAGUCUGUCAGCGGGUCGUCCGUGGCGUCGUCCGUCUUCCCUCCUUCCCGCGGACAGAGGGACCACAAGUCGGACGUUGCCCGGCUGCAGAAAAUGCUUGCUGCCCCCCGCGCGACCGAAGUGCCGCCGAAGAGGCUGAACGUCUUCCAGAGGGUGCCCGUGCGCCACUCGAAGAACUCGAGGAUUGCACCAGAGUCUUCGACAGAUGGUGCACCUGCUAACCUAGCUGCCCGCUUGCAACGGUUGGCGGAGGGAAUGCCUUCGUGCGCUAGCGAGAUGUUUCGGGGGCGGGAUCGCGCAUCGCCUGCCGUGCGCGCCCGCCAUGACGUCGAACGGCGAUUUGAGGCGUUCAAGGAGCGCGGGCAGUCGUUGCCCGUACCGACUGUGACUGUGGCGCAGUCAUCGCCGCUGGCUCGCCGUAGUUCCAAACACGCCGUGGACGAGAUUGUGCCAAAUGCGUCGACCCCCCGCGCGGCCGCGGCCGCUCAGUCACAGCACCGCACGGACAAGGGAAACAUAGUCGAUAAGGGCAAAGCGCGAGCGGACGCGCCCACGAGCACACCUGUCCGCGGACUCGCGCGUCGCUACACGCUGGGAGAACCCGCCACGCCUCAAGAGCGACCAAGCGUCCCCCGACACCCUGUCCGCCAAUCCCUCCCUGUCCCGCCCUCGUUCUCCCUUGGAGACGAGUCACACGAGUACCGCACCGCGCUCAGCCUCCUGUUCAACCCUCCGCCGUCCGGCUCCGUCCCCUCGCGCCUAUACACCCUCCCUCGGUCCUCGCGCUCGUUCGCGCCCGGUGCACACCGAGACACGCGCUCGGCGGUCACGUCGCUCGCCGACACGCUCCCCCCUCCAGAGCUCGAGAUGGUCAAGGAGCUGGGGAUGCAGGUCGCGCUGGCGUGCAUGGCGCGCAACCAUGGGUUUGGGGAGGAGACAGUCAGGGAGGUGUAUGCGGAGACGCGCUCGCUCGAGGUGGCGGACCGGGUGCUGCGGGAGAUGAGGGAGAGCGCGAACGAGCGGGCGAACGAGACGUUGCAGGCGAUGUUGCAUGGUGAGGAGGGUGCGGAGGAGAACGGGGAAGAGGACGGUGGGGAUCCCAUGGACGAGGAGCAGGCGAGCGACGCGGACGUAGAGGAAGCAGAAGAAGGCGGUGAUGCCAUCGUCGAUGGGGACGUGGACGCGGACGACGGUGACUCGCUGGAGGUAGAGAGCGUCCUGGGCCAGGCCCACACGAACAGCUGGAUGGACGACGAGGUGCCACAAGCGGAGAGCAGCCACAUCCGCGGUGGCGCGUUUGGCUAUGACGAGAGCGGGUUGCUCAACGUGAGCCGCUCGAAGCGCAAAUCUUUCCAUAUCACACUCCUCCCGAAGGAGCGUGAGGAUGGCAUGGCUUACUCGCCUCCAAAGAAGACAAGAGCGUCGCGCUAUGUCAAGGAGCAGGCGCUUAGUCCACAGCGAGGCCAGGACGCAAUGGACAUUGACGUGGAUGCGGACGCUUCGGCCAAAGGUGGAGGUUCAGUCAAGACGCCCGUGAACAUUGCAGAUGUCGGCAUCGGGCAGCUAGCCAAGUAUGGCACCGAAGACUGGAGAGCUCUGGAGAGGGAGCAUGGCCCCGGGGCAGCGCAGAAGGCUACGCGGUUCGCCUUGGCGAAGUUGCUCAGGAGAGCCUAGUGCAUGGCACAAACAUUCCCGUUGAUGAAUAUGCUCCUCGCUCAUCUGCUGCGUGCAUUUGCUUUGUGUGAAUGCUAUCUCGCUGACAUUGUUUUGCUCGCAACAUCUGUACUGUACAUCUAAUGACAUAGUAGUCGAUUG